AUGCCUGUCCUUAAACCACUUGCGGGCUCUAAAGAUGCUCCUCAACAACACAAUCAAAAGUCAAGGAAAGGAAAGAAAGCUUGGAGAAAGAAUGUCGAUGUUACAGAAGUCCAAGAAGGUUUGGAUGAAGUCAGAGAUGAAUUGAUUGCAGGUGGAGUUAUUGCUGAGAAGGAUUCCGCUGAUCUUUUCACCUUGGAUACUGCUGGAGAUGCUGCGAUACCGAAGAAAUACUUGAAAGCCUCCAAGCCACUCAAAGCCGAUGAAAUCAUUGCUCAACGCUCUGCUGUUCCAGCAGUGUCGAUGAAGAAGCGCCCAGGACAAGGUACUACCGAUGGUAUUAUCGAAUCGAAGCGCCAAAGAACUGGUUAUAUUUCACACAAAGAGCUUACUCGACUACGCAAAAUUGCCGAUGGACAUCAAGAGAAGACGGUUGAAGUCACGGAAGCUUCAUUCGAUCCUUGGGAUGAGCAGAAGGACAUAGAAGAAGCGAAACAAGAUCCCAGAUUCUCAUUUCUCGAGAAAGCAAAAAAGACAACAAUCCCCAGUUCAUGGAAGCAAAAGCCAAUUUCGUUGGCAGCCAGUGGAAAGGAUAUUCCUGCAGUUAAAAAGCCGGAAGGAGGAUACAGUUACAACCCAGUAUUCACAGAUUACGAAGAGAGAUUAACGACUGAAGGAGAGAAGGAACUUGCAGCGGAGAAGAAACGAUUGGCUGCUAUUGAGUUAGAACAGAAAAAGCGAGAAGCAGCGAAUAGAUCUGCGGCCGAGGCAGAAGCUGCGGAAGCGCGAGCAGAUAUGUCAGAGUGGGAAGAAGAUUCUGCUUGGGAAGGUUUUGAGAGUGGCGCAGAAGAUGUUCGUUUGAACGCUAAGAGGCCUGAGAGGAAAACUCAAGCGCAGCGAAAUAGGAUAAAGAGGAGAAAGGAAGAGGAAAGGAAAGCAAAAAUGGCUGCUCAUAACAAAAAGAAAGAAGAACAAGCUGCACAAAUCAAGAAAUUGGCCAAGGCUCUUGCGGAGAAAGAAAAGGCUCGCUCGUUGACGGUGGUGGAAGACGAUAGUAGUGAAGGCGAUGAUAUGGAACUGCGAAGAAGAAAAUUGGGAAAGAUUUCUUUGCCAGAGAGGGACCUCGAGCUCGUCCUACCAGAUGAGCUGCAAGAAUCAUUGAGAUUACUGAAACCCGAGGGUAACUUGUUGAAAGAUAGGUACAGAAAUAUGUUGGUUCGUGGAAAAGUCGAGAGCAGACGUCCUAUUAGCUUCGCAAAGAAGGCAAAGAGAAAGGCUACAGAGAAGUGGACCCACAAGGAUUUCAUAACACAUUACCAGCGUUUGCCUACUAGAUUUUGCAUGCGUAAAACAGCUCGAGUCUCGGCUCAACCAACUCAAUAUCAACUCGAACCUUCUGAACCUUGCCCUUUUCGACAAAGACCUGCGGCCAAGGAAAAGCCACCAGCAAGUCACACCAGUCCUAUUCGAUAUGGUAUAAAAAGGAUCAAUCUCCGUACUCCUGUCUCGCAAGGAAGUGUACCAAAGAGAACAAAACCCAAUGAGUCUUUCGUGGAAGCUCGUGCGAGUGGUGAAGUGGCUGUAAAAACUAAUGUUCUAAUGGAACACAACAAGAAGAUUGUCAAUCUGAAUGGCAAUGAUAUUAAGACAGAGGGAACUCCGGAUCCUUCCACACACAAAGUUUCACCAAACGAUUCAAAGCCUAAUGGAUCACUUGUGGACACUCUGGUGAAAGUUGAAGAAACUGUAGAGAACGAUUUGUUGACGGAACAAAAGGACGAGACAAUCGACCCCAUUGAGAAUGACUCGAAUGUCGUUGAUGAUCAAGGUGUCGGUGCUGGCAACAAUGAUUAUAACGAUGAUGGCAGUGGUAGGAACGCUGAUCUUGAUGACUCCUUCGACGAUAACUCCUCCGAUGAUCAUUAUGCUGAUGAUGUUGAAGGUGGCAAGCUGCAAGAGUUUAUCAAAAAUGGCAGGUCAGUUAACAAAACGAAGACAUUGUUCGAAUGUGCUCAUAACCAGGUCGGUGAAGAAAUGCCUGAGCUGGGAAAUGACAAUGACCUCGAAGAACCCCCCGAUCAAUGGGCAGAAAGUCUUUUACGACACCUCCAAAAACCACUUACAGCUCGGCCACGCCAUGAAUCUCAGUCGGCCAGAGCGGUUAAAGACCAAGAUUGUUUCAUAAAGGCGAUAAAAAUCGACGAGAAUUGGAGUUUUAUUCAUCAGCGGAUCAUGGAUAUUGAGAGAGAAUUUUUCCCCAGCAUAUAUUCAUGUUUGAUUAGGAAGGGUGGUGACAGAUCUCAUCCAGACAUUAGAUUGCUUACCAACGGAUGUACUUGUGUUAAAGGUAAGCACAGGUGGAGAAUUUCUCUACGAAAAUUUGGCCCUAUUGGUGCACGGAAAAGUUCGCCCACAAUAGAUGAGAUUAAGUCAUGGUUCAAUCAGAGCUACCACAAUACCAUUUGUGAUAGCCAGUUUUGUUCCCGUCCAUCGCACUUUUUAGAUGAGAACGCAGCUACUAUUGAAGCACGUCGAAGAUGUCGCGCCAAUGCCCGGAAUAGACUUGGUUAUUCUUGUCAAGGUGGAACUGAUCGUCUUCCUCAUAACCCGCCAUGUCUGCCUACUGGUUCAACGACAGAGGAAAGUACUCAUUCCAAACUUGUUGGCACGCCAGCUCACAUAUUAGGGUUCACAUGGAAACUCCCAUGUCCUGUAAAAUGACUCUCGAUUUUUGCUCUUGGCUUGAUCAAAUUAUCAGCGUCAUCACUCAGUUCGAGACUAAAUGAAGUUUAUUAGAAAUUUGUCAGGCGACUUAGCAAUCUUCUUGACGUUCGAAGUAGGUGAAGAGUCUUUUAUUUCGACAUCGCCCCGACUUGGGUUAAACAAUACUCCGUCGGCGCACCUGCACUCAAAAAGACAUUCGAAGCUGGCCUUCUGCGCAUUACAACAUUUCUUUUCUGCUACGAGUUUUAUUAUUCAGUUUUGUUUUGAAGUCAGCAAGGGCUAUGAUAUUCCAUUCCAGCGACGGCAAGGCCUUGUGUCUUCUGCGGUGUUAGUAGGAGCGGGUGUGUGUUUAUUUGUUAUGAUGGGCAUCAUGACGUGGGGAAAAGAUUAUCUAUGAUGGCCUAGCAGCACACAACAUGGAGGAUGGUGUCGAGGAUUAUUGUGCUAAGCGAGAUGCAUGAAGCUUCUCUUGUAAAGGUAUCCUGAACAGCCAAUAAAUCGACAAUGUAUAUGGCCUUUAAAUUGUGCAACGACGUUGUAAAUCAUGCUAUACGAUAUCGCCGGAAGUGAUAUAAGUGAUAGAACGCUAUAGCUAGAUUAUAAUGAGAUAUUCACUUUUAUUCCG